AUGCAGCAUCAGCAUCAGCAGCUGCAGCCCACGCUUGCCUACUACACCACCCAGGGCUCGCACGUCUCACCCAUGUUCUUUCAGAUGAUUUCCCAGCUCACCUUCUCCCAGGAGCAGCAGCACCGCCACCGCCUCCGCCGCCACCACCACGCCUCUGUUGCCUUCGACAGGAGCACACUUCAGUCCAACACCGUGUCCACCCUGCAGUGGCCGCCGUCCCAGCACCAGUUCCUGAUGCAGAGGUUCUCUGCUGCUCCAGGUGAACCUUCGUCCAUCUUUCCCUUCUUUCUUGGAGGCGGCGGUGCUGCUGCUGCUGCUGCUCCUGCAGCAGUCAAUGCGCUUGAGUGGGGGCUGCAGCUCAAUGCGCUUGAGUAG